CUCUUCCUCUUUUCUCAGGGCACUAGCCGACCCUCCCACUACCAUGUCCUGUGGGACGACAACUGCUUCACUGCUGAUGAGUUCCAGCUGCUCACUUACCAGUUGUGCCACACGUACGUGCGCUGCACCCGCUCCGUCUCCAUCCCCGCGCCAGCCUACUACGCCCACCUGGUGGCCUUCCGUGCGCGAUACCACUUGGUGGACAAAGAACACGACAGUGCCGAGGGAAGCCACGUCUCGGGGCAGAGUAACGGUCGUGAUCCCCAGGCUCUGGCCAAAGCUGUGCAGAUUCACCACGACACCCUGAGGACCAUGUACUUUGCCUAAGCCAGCUCACAUCCAUCCCACCUUCGACUAGUCACGAACCCGACAACCGCAUACUUUCUGUAACACACCUCCCAAAAGCAAGUGCAUCCUGAAGGGUCGAUCUCUGUGAUGAGAUCGGUGAUGGAAGCGCGGCCCGCCCCGACACUGUGCAGCAGGAUGAGGAAGGCCUGCUUUAAUUCCACACGUGGACCUCAGCACUAUUAUGCAAUAUUAAACCAGCCAACUGAGGCCGUCAUAUCUGUCAUAUCCCCUCCAAAACCCAAACCAAAAGGGAAGCCCGUCUAUGUCCCCGCUCCUCUUCCUGUCUGUAGACGUAACGUUUAAUUACUUUCCCUGCCUGUCACGCCUUGUACCUCAACGUUUUCUAACGGCACUUUUUCCCCUUAUUGUCCUUCCCCCAAAAUGAGAUUGGAAUGGAAGCGGAUGGAAAGACUGAGUCCGGAAGAAAGGAAGUUUUGGGGAACGCCUAUGGAUAGAUGUACUUUUCUCCCGUUCUCAAUUAUUUUUGUAGCCAAUGGUGACUUAACUACGUGUUAAAGUGUCAGUCGUGAAGAACCAAUUGUGCGUUAGCGUUUUAAAACAGAAAAACAAGCUUUUAUUGUUAGAGAAGUGCCAUUGCAGAGCGUAAAGUCCUUUAUGACGUACCCCAUCGGGGGGCAGAAAGCUGACGGUUGAAAUUUUUUUAAGCAAAUUUACGCUCUAGCUUUCAUGUACUACAAUGCAAAGUGAUCAUGUUUUGAUGCUUUUUCUUGUUUUUAACACCCAAAUUCCCUCCAAUAUUUAUUUGUCUCGCAGCUCCUAGCAGAUUAUCUCGUUCGCUCCCCUCCUGCACUUUGUCUCGAUUUAAAAUGCAUAGUCCGUGUUAUGUGACAGAUCAUAGUUUAGUGCAAUAAUCCAUUAGCGGCAUGAGAAUACCUCCUGUGCAAAGACUCCGUAUGCGACUAGGGGGGGGGAGGCAUCCGAAAGCACAUGAUGGGCAUUGCGGUUGGUUUUUAGGAUGGAGGUGUGCAUGUUUGCCACUUCUACAGUUUAUUUUUGGUGAAAGUACAGCAGCAUUUCCUGACGAUUGACCGUAGUGAGUUAACAAGUGCCUGCUAGAAAUGCAUGACGUUGGGAGGUCAGAAACAGAACAAAUGCACCUCAUUUAGUCUAACCAAGGGCACAGUUGUGACCACAUUUGACUGUACGGCCUUAAUACAAUCUCGCGGUUUCAACGUCUCGAUUUUCACUGCCCUGCCUGUUCAAAGGAGUUUGCUGCUAUUGUGCUUGUUCAAGUCCGACUGGUGGGUUCAUGCUUCAGUUCGCCUAGGCACGAGGGACCGUUUGGCAGCUCUAGGCCACGUGUUCAAGGAGAAGCUCUGGCUGCACCUGAUUCGUGCUCGGUCACUGGAGGGCCACUAGGGGUCAGUAUAGUGUUUUACUUGAAGGGUGCAGUGAGCGUCGUGUGCCUUACCGUCUCUCCGUGCGCCAUCUGAAGCAUGUCCCGCUGUUUAAAGGUGAUAAUCUGCACUAAAUAAUGCGUAAUGCAUGGUGCUAUUAGGUGCGGCCCGUGGCGGCAUCAGCAACUGGCAGAGACUUAAUGUGUAAGAUGGAACAUGGGAUGCAUAAAUGGUGCUGGUUGCGUGCAUUUCUCUCACUCUGAGGAGAAAUUUCUCAUCAGGACAGACAUUUGGUCGUUUUGUAUGUUUGUUUGUUUGUUAGAUUUGCAUUUGAUUUUAUUGCAGAGAAAGGUACAGCACAGUGGCCAGUCAGAAUACGAUUACGGCCAAUUGCACGAAGCACUAUAAAGCGGAAGAUUUUAAUGCGUAACUUUUUUUUAAAUAACAAUUUCAGUCCCUUUAAAAUACCGAACUGCAGUUUAUGCAAUCAGAUAAAUUCUAAAGUAUAAUUAAUCGAAUGAAACUAAUGCAGUAGGCUGUUGUGAUGGAUUUUCAGUUUUUUUUUGUUAAGUGUGCAUUAGAGGUUGAACCUAUUGAAGAAGGUACACCGUGUUUUAUGCCCAUCAAAAGUGGUUUAAGUGAUGCCGUAAGCAUCAAAACAGCAGCUACUGAAAUUGUGCCCUUUUUUAUUUCACCUUCCCGAAUGAAACCGCUUGUCGGUGCUUCAGAGCCUUGGAAGUAAAACUGUCUGUGUGUGGAUGCCAAACUGCUAUCUUGAUGAGGUGUCAUGCAAUUUUAUUUUUGUGUAGUUUUAACUUCAUAUAUAUAAAUAUAUU